AUGCACUUCUACCCAUUUAGUGUAAGCAUCUACUACAACCAGCAACCUUUGGCGGUGACGUACGAGCGGAACACCCGCGAGCUCGACGUGUACGUGGUGCGGGGCGGAGGGCCGCCGCUCCUAGGUCGAGAUUUCAUUUCUUUAUUUAAUUUACAUUUGACAACCUGUCAUUUUGUAUCUAGUGUAAAUAAUUGUGUACAGGAUUUAGAAAGGCAGUAUCCGGAGGUCUUUUCGAGUAAGUUAGGUAUGUUUAAUAAGUAUAAGGUUAAACUCAGACUCCGGGAUGACGCUAAACCCGUUUUUAUUAAAGCACGUCCGUUGGCUUUCUCGCUGCGGGAUAAGAUAGGCGAGGAGCUGGAACGGCUGGUCGGGCUCGGCAUUUUGAAGCCCGUCGAGCACUCCAGGUUCGCGUCGCCCGUGGUGCCGGUGCUGAAACGGGACGGCUCAGUGCGGUUGUGCGUGGACUACUCUGUUUCCAUAAACAAAUUGCUAGUCGUCGAGCACUACCCGCUACCAACGGUGCACGAGUUAUUUUCGCGUUUACACGGGGGGCAGGAAUUUACGAAGCUGGACUUAUCGAGUGCGUACAAUCAGUUCGUUCUGGAUGAAGACAGCCAGGAGCUCACGUGCAUAAAUACGCACCGUGGGUUAUUUAAGUACACGCGCAUGUCGUUCGGGCUGACAAGCGCGCCGUCUAUUUUUCAGCGCGCGAUGGAGGGCGUGCUCGCGGGCAUGGACGGUGUGUUGUGUCUGCUCGAUGACAUAUUGAUAACGGCUUCCAAUAGAGAGGAGCACGUACAGAGGAUUCACGAGGUCCUCAAGAGACUGCAGGACGCAGGGCUAACGUUACAAAGGAGUAAAUGUGAGUUUUUUAAGGAUGAAAUAAGUUACUUAGGGUACGUUAUUAAUAAGUACGGGUUGAAAAAGUCGCCGGACAAGGUCAAGGCUAUUGUCAAUGCGCCUAGGCCAGAUAAUGUACAAAGGUUACAGUCGUUUUUAGGGUUAGUCAAUUACUAUAGGAAUUUUGUUAAUGGAGCUUCGUCGUUACUUGCUCCAUUGUAUGAGCUGCUAAAAAAGGGAACCAAAUGGACUUGGUCGCAGGAGCACGAGCAUGCUUUUACAGAAAUUAAAAAGCGGCUGGCAUCGGAUCGGGUGUUAACACACUACAAUCCUAGCGCGAAGUUAAUUUUGACGGUGGACGCGUCGCCGAGCGGCCUCGGUGCGGUGUUGUCGCAGGUGGACGAGACGGGGGCGGAGCGCCCUAUCUCUUUCGCGUCUCGUACGCUUAAUUCUGCCGAGAAACGAUACUCACAGAUUCAAAAGGAGGCGACGGCAAUCAUUUUUGGUGUUAGGCGUUUCCAUCAGUAUCUGUAUGGAAGAGCGUGCCCGUUUAUUUUGCGCACAGACCAUAAACCUUUAAUUUCCAUAUUUGGGCCCUAUAAAGGUAUUCCGGAGGUUUCGGCUAAUCGGCUACAAAGGUACGCGAUGUUUUUAAGCGCAUACAAUUAUAUUAUUGAGUACGUUCGCAGUGCCAACAAUUGCGCUGACUAUCUCUCUCGUGCCAGCUUACCGGACGUCCAGCCGCUCGCGCCGGAUCCGGCCGACGCGACAGGUGUAGAGGACGGCGUUGAUAGGGCGUCUUAUAUCAAUUUUAUUGUAAACGGGGAUAUACCGGUGACUCUUAGUAGAGUUCGCGACGAAACAUUAAAGGACUCGUUAUUACAAACAAUAAAAACUUACAUUUUGAACGGUUGGCCUAAGGGUAAUGUCGACGACCGAAUUAUCCCUUACCGUUUAUGUAGAGCUCAGCUAUCGUAUGAGAACGGGUGUAUAAUGCGAGGUCAUAAGGUAGUCAUACCUGAGUCGUUAAAAACGGAAGUCUUAAGGGAGUUACACAGAUCUCAUUUAGGUAUGGUCAAAACUAAAGCCGAGGCUCGGGCACGGUUAUGGUUUCCCGGCAUAGACGGUGCGAUAGAGACCAUGAUUAGAACUUGCGCGAUCUGUUCACAGUUGCGACCGUCUCCGCCGCGCGUUCCGCCCGAACCGUGGUCAUAUCCAAAGGUUGCUUUUGAAAGAGUACAUUUAGACUUUUUAGGACCGAUUUAUGGACGUACGUACCUGGUUGUAGUAGAUGCUUACACUAAAUGGGUAGAAGUGCAUCAAUGCAGGAAUACUAGCUCUAGUGAGGUAAUAGACAAAAUGUACGAGUACAUUUCACGAUUUGGGUUGCCGAGGACUAUAGUAAGUGACAACGGAACGGGUUUUACGUCGUACGAAUUUCAAAAUUUUUGUCAAAGUAAUGGUAUAGCACACGUUACGUCACCGGCUUAUCAUCCGGCGAGCAACGGGCAAGCGGAAAGCUUUGUAAAAAUUGUUAAAAAAGGAAUCAAGUCAGCUCUGUUGCUAACGGAUAACGUCGAACGUCAAAAAAUUUUAUUGUUAAAAUACUUGUUUGAUUAUAGGAAUUCGGUACACUCUGCCACAGGUUUGUCACCGGCUCAAAUGGUGUACGGUCGAAAUUUAAGAUGUCGUUUGGACUUGAUAAAGUCUAGCUCACCCUCGUUAUCAUCUUCUUCCCUUGUAAAUAAAAAGCAGUGCUUACAGAGCAAUAGAGAAGGGAAUAAAAGCGAAGCCAGUUUUGAGCCAGGAGAUGAAAUAAUGUACAAGAAAUAUUUGAAUAAUAAUAAGUUCGUGUGGGAACGGGGAACCAUUUUAGAUAAAAUUGGGAAGGUCGUAUAUUUGAUUUUUGACCAUCAAACGUCUUCUCACGUCAAGAAACACAAGAAUCAGGUAGUGCUGCAUUCGAGAAGGACAUGGCCUGCAUUUUUAGACAGUGCCCAGAAUUCGGAACCUCAGGAGUCGACGGGGGGGGACGAGAGACAUCAGAAUGUUGAUGAUAAUAACAAUGUGUCCUUGUUUCCGGGGGCGGACACUGUUAGCAGCCCUCUUUCUUCGAGAAAUCCUAACAGAUUGUUGAGGAAUAUUCCUCGUGACUACAGGAGUACGGAGUACGGAGUAUUGGUUUACUGUGAUAUUGGAUGUAUCGGCGACGGCUCUGAUUACUGCGAGCUGCUCAUUGCCUUUGAGGUUGAUCGGAUACAGUAA